AUCCCGGCAUUCCGUGUACUCACUCGGGCUGAGAGCAGAGAAAGGUCGCGGCUGCUGUUUAUUUUCUCCUCUAACUCGGAUAAAAAAACAAAAUUAAAGUUUAUAUUAUAUUAUUACAGAUAUAUCAAGCCUCCCCGCGGUGUUCUGAGGAUUUUACCUGUGCAGACUGGAGCUGUGUCGGGUUUAAAGAGGCGGAGAGUGGCGGUCCGGACUGCUGAUCUGAUCCAGCUCACUGCACCAGCCGAGGUUGCCGACGGUGGAACAUAUUACCCGGGGAUUUAAGACCUCAUUAGCUAAACCACCGGGAAGACUUUCUACUACAUUGUCUUGGAUUUUGCAUUGCUUGGGAGGAUUUGAUUGCAUUCAGCAUCAAAGAAGAGAAGAGUUGAAGAGUUAGACAGGUGUGCAGAUAUUUCCACCAACAAUGUCGUCAAAGAUGCAGAGUUCAAAUAACAUAGCGCAGGCACGGAGAAUCGUACAGCAGCUACGGAUAGAGGCCAACAUAGAGAGGAUAAAGGUGUCUAAAGCCUCUGCGGACCUCAUGCAUUACUGUGGCGAGCAUGCCAGGUACGAUCCACUCCUGAUGGGGAUUCCAGCCUCAGAAAACCCAUUUAAGGACAAGAAGCCCUGCACUAUAUUGUAGUGGGACGCCCCCCCCAUGCUUCAAUCUGUGCUCUUUAAUGCAUCCUUUUUUAUAGAAAGAAUUUUACCUUAAAGCAUUCAUUCACUAGUCGCCUUAAAAAAAAAAAAACAUCAGCUAACCGCUCAUCUUCACUGUCCCUUUAAAUUCUCCUGAUGCAGAACUCUACACUUUAUACACGUUCCUCUCUUAUUUCAUUCAUGUCCAGAUCCAAAGGAGACCAAAAACCACUGAGUAAUCAAGAUUUGCGAUGUGAAGAUAAAGGAAGACCCCCCCCCCCCCCCUACCCCCACCCCUCUUUUAUUCUCAACACUGGAGAGAGAGCUCUUUGCAGUGAGUGGGUUAACUGAUGUGGUCUAGACCCGCCUCAUCUGCAAAUAAAGGCUGAGGCCUCAGUUGAGAAGAUCCCAGACAGGUGCUCGUCUCAUCAAGCUCAAAUAACUGCCUUUGAUCAUCACACUCUCUUAAUGUCUUUUAAACUCCGCUCUGAUUGGUGGCUGUAGAUAAAAGAUAGCUCUUUGAGGCUGUGAUGACUCUGUUAACUGGAUCUUAGGAUUCAGUGAGUCGUGUGGAGGGGAGGGACUGAAGAGUGUAAAUUUCACAUGGCUCCCUAUUCCCUAUGUAGUGCACUAGCUUGGCCAUGGGCUGCAUAGCAGAAAAGUAACAUUGCACACUGUUACUAUACUUACUACUGCAAUCAUUAAUGGCUUAAUUACACUUUUUAUUAUGCCUAUGUUAAAACCUUAAGUAUCCACUAAUGCAAAUACAAUAUUUUCCUUAAAAUCUCUAGAGAGCCAAAAUUUGUAAUUGUGCUCUCUGCAAAUCAUGCCCUGUUAAUAGAUUUGUAUCUACCAAAUAUUAGCUUUAUAAAUAUAUAUUUUGCUAUAUUUCUUCAUUUUUGGGAUAAACUGGGAGGUUCUAAUCUUGUUUACCUCUAUGUAUUUUGUUGGUUCAUUCAUUUUCCAACUGGCCAUGCUAGUAUUUUAUGUAUGUAUUCCCUGAAGUAUUUCCAGCAGUAUUUCCUAUAGUAAAGUAAAUGUUGUCUUCUUUAAAGUGCUCAAACUGCACAAACAGUGUGAUUGUGUGCAGUUUCAAGUUGGAUUUUAUGCUGAUAUCAGCCCAAUAGCACACAACUGUACUAAUUAGCCAUAUAUAGUAAUGUACUGGUUGGACUACAGUAAAAAAUAAAUAAAUAAAUAAUAAUAAUAUUAAGAAGCCUUCUACUACAUUAUCAUUGCUAAGGCCAGCUAUUAGGAUACUGAUUAUCUGAGCUCUCAUUUUGAUUCAUAAUACUGUUAAUACAGCCUUAAAUUUGAUGCACAGUUAAUAGAGGUCUCAAUUCAAUUCAUAAUAUUUUUGAUAGAGCGCUCAAUUCAGUUAAUGUUAAUUUUCAGUUAAUGUUAGUACUGCACUCAGUUCCAUUCAUGGUGUUGUUUAGGACUCUUACUUUAAUUUUAAGUAUUUUCAAAGGUCUGAAUUCGACUUAUGUUAUUGUUAAUAGAGCUCUGAGUUGAAUGGACAAACUUGUUAAUAAAGCUCUUGGUUCAAUUCAUAAUUCUGUAACUAGAACUCUCAGUUCAAUUUAUGCUUUUAUUGAGCUUUCAGUUAAAUUCACAAUCUGUUAGUAGAGUUCCCAAUUUGAUUCAAGAUCCUGUUUAAAUAAUAAUAAUAUUUUAUAUGUUAUUAGCUCUUAAUUCAGUUCACAAUAUUGUGUAUAGAUCUUUCCCUUUCAUUAAACUCAAUUCUCACUUCUCAGAGUUUUCAAUUUAAUUCACAGUAUUCUUAAUACAGCUUUUAAUUGUCUAUACCAGGAUUAUGAAUCAGUAUUCUCACUAAAUUUGAAUUUAUGUAUUUGCAAAACCUAUUAACAACAUCAGUGCCACUAUUGCAUUGUGAUGUAUUGUCACAAUGUAUCGCCCCUGCCGAUUAGCCAUUAAAAUGUGCAGCCCUUUACUUAGGUAUGAAACAAUAGUCCUUGACAUCCAAGUAAGGCACUAUAUGUCCAAUAGAGAGCCAUUUGGAAUGCAGCCAGACACUGUGAAUGGCUCUGUUGCUCAGUGAAGAGGAAGCAGGUGUCGGACAGUUGCGUCACUGUGACGUAUACCGUCUUCAUCAGCACCAUCACUCCCUCUUUAAUUCGCCAUGUCUGAACAAUGGAGGGCUUUGCUCGGGUCAGCGAGAGGUCACCUCCUCUUACAGAGCACUAAACCAGCCGUGCCCUUUCUUUCCCUUUCUCUCUCUCUCUCUCUCCUCCUGUUUAGUGAACGACUUUACGCUUGUCGUGAAUCAGAGAGCAUGCCAUACACCACACACCAGCCUUUCAGCAGCAGUGUGAGGUCCUGCAGAACACUCUCGCUCUGUCUCUGGGUCACUCUGGGUUUUAUUAGGGGUGUACAGCUCUGGCCUCACUUACACUCUUUAAUUAGUCUUGAAGGAAGUGAUUCAGUGCAUCGUGAAAUCUCAAGAAUUAUCAUAGUUUGAUUAAUUUUUAAUUCAGAAUAAUUUUGAACAUGAGCACUGUGACUUUAGGAACUAUUUGUAAGGUGCAGUCCUAAAAAUAAAGGGUCUUAAAAGGGAUAUUUAAGGAAUGUCUGCCUACUUUAAUUCCCAUUGCUUACUAUAACUACUCAUCAAGGCUUCACUGACGUUAGGGUCUAAUUAUCACAAGUUGAAAUCUCGGGUCAUGUUGCAUCAGCAGCCAGAGUCAGAGAAAGCACAAUUGUCUAUGUCUAAAGCAUUUCUCCCCUCAUCACUCCCAUUGUGAUGCUGGCUGGCACAGGCAUCUGUUGGCUGAUGCAUCAGAGCUGGGGAUCUGGUGCUUUCCUCUGAGCGCAUUGGCUGCCUAGUAAUGCUGCAUCAAAUUUUUCGGAGGGGGCGUGUGCUUGUCCUGAACCUCCUACUGUCGGGAAUAUUGCUAGUGAUAGGGGGAGUUGUGAGAGAGGCUUAACUAGAGGCUUAAUUUAGCUCUGCUGAAUUGAAAAAAGGGCUAAAAAUGAAUAAAUAUUUAAAUCAUUUUAAAAGUUCUUACAUAAGCUUAAUAAAAACCAAAAGUGUUUAUAUUAUAUUGCAGUGCUUAAAUAACCCAUUUAAAGCACCUUAAUUUGUUAAAGUGUAGUGGCAUUUAGAAUACGAAAUACAGACAAUACUCAAGCUUCUUAAUGUUGAUUUUUUUUAAGAAAUAAAUGUUUUAUGAUAUUUUUGUGACUCCAAAAAAAUAAAAUAAAAUUAUAAAGAAUUUUUUUAUAAAAAGUGUUAUUUGCUUAUUCCUUUUUUUUGGCCAACAAAUUGAGCACAAGCUUUGUUAAAUACUGCUCAUUAUAUCAUUAUUACAAUUCAAAAUUGAUGCGGUUGAAUCAUUACCUUCAGACUGGUACAUAUUUCUGCACCCCUGGUUUAUGAUCAGAGUGAACUCGAGACUUUUAAUGUGAAAAUGAGAGAAAACUUGUUCUCAUCUGCUGUUUUGCAGUGUCCACUUACCAUCAACAGCACUGCCAGGGCCUACCUGGAUUAUAUUUCAUACACCGUGCCAAAAAAUUUUUUUUUUUAAUAGACAGAAAGUUUGACCCAGUUUCCCCCGCCUGCCGAGUCAUCGCCUCUGCCUUAGAGAAUAACCAACCCCCGGACGUGUUGUUGUCGUCGUCGUUGUUGUUGCCUUGUUUAUAGUAGAUACAGUAGCAAUAGGUAAUCCAUUGCAGAACAUGGUACAGUAAUAUAUUGUAACCCUUUAAUGAUUCUAUGCCUUAUUUUCAUGUUAAAGACAAUGCUUUUUUUGAUUGUUUUAUCAGUUGAUUUCUAAUGAAAUAGUAUUUUCUUCUGAAUGAUAAGAACUGAUCUGUAACUCUCUUCUUCGUGCCAUCCCGUCGCGUCUGAUCUGACCAGCAAUAGUUAAUCCUGUAGGGUCACUGCCAGCGCUCCUGUGCAGCUCCUCUCUGAACUCCAGCAGACGAGUGACUAAACCACACGACAGCGUUCCUCCGAAUUACUGUGGUGACUGUUAUUGUGAAUUUUGACAUUCCAUGUUUACAACAGCUGCUGUUAUUAACCCUCUGUGUGCUUCGUAAUGCCAUGCAUAAUGUUGUUGAUGUGCAUGUGUGUAUGUGUUCGUGAGUGUAUUUUUUUCUUUUUCUGGUUAUUUUGUUAUUAUGAUUUUAUUAGCUCUUUAUGGUGAGGGUGCACUGAUCAUAAUUUUUUAGGCCUGUGCGUUUUUCCAGUUCUGAAAGCAAAUUAUAGAGGUUAUUUGCAUUUUGCUCAAAAUUCACACACACAAAAUAAUAAAUAAAGUAAUAGAACCAAUAGACCAAUAAAAAUAGUUUUACAUUGACUUCCAUUAAAAGCUUAGAGAUUGAAAGUUAUUGAAAGUCUUGUCCUUCUCUUGUAGUUGCUUUGAUGCUACAACCUUUUUUUAACAUUCAGUGGAAGUCAAUAUAAAUAAUUUUAUUCAGAGUAAUUUAAUGCAAUUUUAUUGGUCUAGUUGGUACCUCAGAGGGCGGCUUGGCUUGGAUACACCUAUCUAUAUAAGUUGUGAGGUGUUCUUAUGUGAGUAAGAUUGCUCGUGGCACAAUGUCACGUGUGCCAGGAAUACAUUAUAGAAGACAUUACCACUCACAGUGGACAGUGCAGUGGAUGGAAAUUAUAGUAAGUCUAUAAUCUAUAAUUGACAGUUAUUAAAGUCUCCUGUCAGUGUUAUUAAGCCUUAGGAAUUGUGCCCUUUAGUACAGUGUUACCUAAUAAUAGUACAGCAAUCUGAAAAUGAGAAAUAUUGGAAGAGCACCAUUGUAAAAUAUACAUCAAUUAUUUUUACAUACAUCAUUAAAAACUUACGCCGCCAAAAUAAAAGCACAUAUGUCAUUAAUUAAUUAUAUGCAUUACAAAUUUAUUCUGACUGUGCACCCUCACUUUUACCGUAUUUGCUCAUCACACACAACACACACACAGCUGGCAGAACCAAGCCAGUGACCAUCUGAACCAGCGAAGGCCUUAAUCCAGUGUUUCUGCUUCUCAGUCUUUAAGCACCUGAUCACACACACACACACACACACUCUCUCACACACACACACACACACACUCUCGGGUUCGUCUACUGUGAACUAGCAGCCUGCAGUCCAGCUCACUGUGUUCUGGCCGCCUGCGUCUCUGCCAGUGCUGUGGCCUUAUACUGACCAAGCCUCAGGAUGGACGUAGUGAAGCCUCCGGCUUGACGCUAAUGCUAAUAAAUCUAGCCGUCACUACUUUAGCUAUUAUGUUUUUUUAUUAUUAUUUUUUUCAUGAACCAUCAUCUCUCUUAUUGUGCGUUUUAAAUUUCUCUGAUUAAUAAUAAAAGGUUAACGAAAGGUUUUAAUUUUAAUAAUUUUUCUGGAUGCAGUGAUGCACAUAUUUAGAACACAUAUUUAGUGCCAUACUGCACAGUACAGUAUGAAGCAGAUAUAGAAUUAUAAUCAGAUCUGAGUAUUUUAAUCACUAAGCAACUUUACCUGUUGUCUGCUGAGUAAUUUGUUACAGGUUUUUUUUCUGCCUGCAUGGCCUGUCAGGAUGAUAUUCUGUAUUUUUCCUGCAAAAAUUGCAGGAAAAUACAGGGCAUAUGAGCAUAGUGUCAUGCCCAUAUAUUGUCAAUACGAUAAAUAAAUGACAUAAUUAUGUUGGCAGGCCGAUGUUUCGCUAUCGUUGCGUGUUGUUAAUUGCGUUUUCUCUGUACCGUGGUCACUCGUUCCUGAAGAUGAUUCUGUAUCAACUGUGUGAUGAACUUGCUGGAGCUCUUCAGUCUUUCCCUCUCUCUGUUUAUCGUCUUUGCCUUUAAUCUUUUGUUGCCUUUUCAUUAAAAGAAAACUUUUAUUUUAAUAUGAAGUGCACUCAUUCUCAUUCUCACCGUUUCGUGUGGAUUGUUCUUUUAGAAAGAAACUUUUACCUGUGAAAAACAAACAAACAACCAACCCAUAUUCUGGUGUUGCAAAUGUCUUUAUUUUCCAGCUAAAGUGAAAUAUAAUUUUAUUCUCAA